CCCCCCAAACUCCCUCCUCGCGCCGGCGGGCGCGCGCCGGACCGUUAGCGGAGCGGGAACUGCGCGGUGGCGGCGGGGCGGGCAGCAGGUCUCUUUCCAGGUCACUCAUCUGACCUUCACAUCCUCCUUAUGUCCUGGUAGCAAUCCCUUGGACUCUGCUCUCUGUGGAACCAGCAGAAGAAUUUGCUGCCUGGCUUCAGGUUGCUCCUUCAGUCCUGGUGGUAGACAAUGUUCACAGCCUUUCCCUCACAUGGUCAUGGAAAGAGAUCAUGGACAUUUUGGGGGAAAUCUGAGAAUGCAUUGACUACGUUUUACUUUAUUACAAGGUUACAAGACAUGAAAUAAAACCUUGGAAAUGGGUCUACAAAAGAUAGACACAACCUCAGAAGGCUAAAACUUGUGUGGAAUUAGUUAAAUACUGGAACCACUGCUGAGUUGGUUGCAUCCUCCAACAUGACAAAUCCUCAGCCUACAAUAGAAGGUGGUGUUUCAGAAGUUGAGAUAAUUUCACAGCAAGUGGAAGAAGAGACCAAAAGCAUUGCUCCUGUCCAGCUUGUUAAUUUUGCUUAUCGAGAUCUCCCUUUAGCUGCACUUGAUCUCUCUGUGGCUGGGUCCCAGCUUUUGUCAAAUCUGGAUGAGGAGUACCAAAGAGAAGGAUCUAACUGGCUAAAACCAUGCUGUGGGAGACGAGCAGCUGUGUGGCAGGUAUUUUUGCUCAGUGCAAGUCUCAACAGUUUCCUGGUAGCCUGUGUAGUAUUGGUGGUGAUUCUUCUGACUCUGGAACUCCUAAUAGAUAUAAAGCUUCUCCAGUUUUCAAGUGCUUCACAGUUUGCAGGAGUAAUUCACUGGAUCAGCCUAGUCAUCCUGUCUGUUUUCUUUUCAGAGACUGUUUUGAGGAUUGUGGUCCUUGGCAUAUGGGAUUACAUUGAAAACAAAAUAGAGGUGUUUGAUGGUGCUGUCAUCAUCUUGUCCUUGGCACCAAUGGUGGCCUCAACAGUGGCUAAUGGCCCCAGCAGCCCAUGGGAUGCUAUCAGCCUGAUUAUCACCCUACGAAUAUGGAGAGUGAAGAGGAUCAUUGAUGCCUACGUCCUUCCAGUGAAAGUGGAGAUGGAGAUGAUGAUUCAGCAGUAUGAGAAGGCAAAGGUUAUUCAAGAUGAGCAGCUAGAAAGACUAACCCAGAUCUGCCAGGAACAAGGGUUUGAAAUCAGGCAGCUGAGGGCCCACCUUGCCCAGCAGGAUUUGGACCUGGCUGCAGAGAGAGAAGCUGCCCUGCAGGUCCCACAUGUACUGAACAAGCAGAGCAGCACCAGGUACAAGGUGGUGGCAACUGAAGAUUCUGAUGAUGAGGCCACCGAGAACAUCACUGAGCUGCGACCUCCCCCAGAGGAUGACAUGAAUAAUUACAUCAGCAGAUACUACAACGAGCCCAGCAGUGACUCUGCUGUCCCCGAGCCAGCCCCCUGCGUGGUCACUGCCGCAACCGUCGACAUCCAUCGCUCCAACCUCUCCUCUGACCUCCUCACCCUGGAGCUCCCUCUGCAGCCGGGCACCGCUGCCCCCUCAGGCCCUGCCUCUCUCUCCACCCUCAGCUCGGGCCCCCAGCCCUGCAGCUGGACCCCGGCCUCCUCCCCAGACUGCAGCACAACCUGUGAGGACACCCUGGAGCCCGGCACCGACCCUCACACAGACCUGGUGCCCGCAGGGCAGGAGCUGCUGGGGUCUGUGCCAGAAGGGGCCUGCGUGGCACAGAAGGGUCUGGAUCCUGCCCCCCCGAAGGUGCCCGGCCCCUCAGGCCCCAUGGUAGCCAGCCCUGGCCUGGACCACCAGCUCAGCACCUACAAUGGUGGCAGGCAGGGCAGCCUCGACAUCUUCCAGCUCGGCGACUGCCCGCAGGGUGCCCCCCCCAUUGAUGAGAAGUGUGGGGUGGUGGGGCCCCCAGAGCCACGACUCAGCAGAGUCCCUGAGCCGUAGGGACAACCUGGGGGACACGUGCACCGUGCCAGGGUACCAGGCAGCCACGGGCAAGGUGGCAGAGCUGGAGGGGACCCGUGGCAGGUCCUGCAAUGGCCGCCAGCGAGGAGCCCGGCCCGCAUCGCCUCUCCCCACAGUGCACAAACCUCUGGCUCUGGGCCAGCCGGGAGUCAGCAGCUCCUCUGGGGCACAAAGAACCUUCCAGCAGCCUCCUGCCCCGCAGUGCCUGCAGGGACAGACCGGGGACCUGUCCUGCCACCAGUCUGGGGACAAAGCCACAGUGCCCAGGGGUACAACAGAGCUGCUGGACAGCUUGGGCCCAGCCUAAACCCUCACCCAGGGGUUGAGCAGAGCUGGAGGGGAUCCGGGGAUGGGAAUAAACACUGGCAAACACCCGCUGCCUCCUGCCUUGUC